AUGGCUGACGAAGACUAUGGCGGAGGCGACGAUUUCGGCGAAGAUUACGGAGGGGACUACGAGGAACCCGAGGUGGCCGAACCAGAGGAGGAGGCAGGGGAGGAAGGCGGCGAGGAGGGGGAGGGGGAUGGCGAGCGCGACUUGAUCGAGAUUCGCGACGACGACGGAGGUGGGAAGAAGAAAUCGGACAAGCCGCGCAAGACGACAAGAUACAUGACAAAAUACGAGCGCGCUAGAGUUCUGGGUGCACGAGCCCUGCAAAUCAGUAUGAACGCGCCUGUGAUGGUGGAGCUGCAUGGAGAGACGGACCCUCUAGAGAUUGCCAUGCGUGAGCUACGGGAGAAGAAAAUUCCUUUCACCAUUCGGAGAUACCUGCCUGAUGGAAGCUAUGAGGACUGGGGUGUAGACGAGCUGAUUAUAGAAGACACGUGGCGGAGACAAGUGGGAGGUGGUAACUGA